ACUCUGAAGUGGCUCAGAGAGACAGACAGACUGACUCUGAAGUGGCUCAGAGAGACAGACAGACUGACCCAGUGAUGCUCAAGUCCACGUUGUGAUCCUCCAGGAGUAUUCUCUUCACUGACAUGAGGAAGCGUUCUCUCACAACCCCUGACUGAAGGACUGACCCCAGGAAAACUGACAGCUCAUAGCAGGUCUUUUAGAUCUGAGACUUUAGAAUUCUCUUGACGUCUGACUGUCAGGGGUCAGGGGAACGGCCCCGUUAAAAGGGACUUUUGAGUUUCUGUAGAUCUGCGGUUAGACUCUAAGACAUCAUUGCUUUCUUCUGUUGAUUCUGACUGUUUGUCCCGUGCGCUCGGUGGAAGCCCCCGGAAACGUUCCUCAUGGCUUGCUACUACAUCGUCAUCAGCUCUACUCACCUCAGCAACGGACACUUCAGGAACGUCAAGGGAGUUUUCCGCGGCCCCCUCAGCAAGAACGGCAACAAGAACUUGGACUAUGCGGAGAAGGAGAGGUCGACGACCAUGGCCAAAGCCUUGGAGGACCUGAAGGCCAACUUCUACUGUGGUCUGUGUGACAAGCAGUAUUACAAGCACCAGGAGUUUGACAACCACAUCAACUCUUAUGACCACGCUCACAAACAGCGGCUGAAGGAGCUGAAGCAGAGAGAGUUUGCCCGGAACGUGGCCUCUAAGACCAGGAAGGAUGAGCGGAAACAGGAGAGAGCACUCCGGAGGUUACAUGAGCUGGCCGAACAACGCAGAGAGGUCCAAUGUGCACCAGGCAGUGGCCCGAAGUUCAAGUCUACUACUGUAGCAGUGGAGGCCAGUUUCAGAGAGAGCUGUACCGAUGGACUGUCAGAAGAGACCCACAACUCCACAGUGCUGGAGACAGGGACCCACAACCACACCACCAGCACCAGCACUGGUGUGGCCUCCAACAGCAAGACCCAGCAGACACUGUACUGGCCCUACAACGGCAAGGCCAAGAAACAAACUUACAAAAGGCACAAAAUCGCCUUCUCAUUCUCCUUCCCAAAGAAAGCAUCGGUGAAGCUGGAAUCCGCAGCGGCGGUGUUCUGUGAGAACACAGAGGAGGGUUCCAAAGAACGUAUCAGGACACAGAAGCUCAGAAUUCCCCUCGUUGAGAUGAACAUCCCCGUUUCACCCACUGCAGAGGAGAAAGGACGGGGUUUUGGGGGUGUGGAGGCUAUUGGCACUCAGCCUGGUGAUCUCAGCCCAAACAGUGUUUGUGAGGGGAGCCAGAGGUCAUCAGAUACACUGUCCAGGUCUGACAUCCCCAUGCCACCACCGGCCUCACAUCUGUGUUCUGUGCUAGUUAACUCUGAGGAUAUGGCCAGACCUUAUGUGUCCUCUGUCUCCCAAUUACCUGCCUCCCCUUGUCGCAUUCCCACAGACGACCCAGACACAGUACUAGAUACACAGAACUCUGAGGAAACUCAGAUAAAGAGCCCAACAGAGGCCGAGCCGGAAACAAGCAAACACCAACAAGAUCAUGUAGUAGAAAGGAGUGUCUCGGGGGAAGAAAACUCCUCCAUUAGCAGUUCCUCUUCAGAGGUCAUCGCCAGUUCUGAUGGUCCCCCUGAGAACCACUCCUCCUCCUCUCAGUUCUCUCAGUCCUCUCAGUGUCCUGGGACUGUAAGAGAGGAAGAGGAAGGAGAAGACAUUACGGCGAUGAAGACCCUGUCGUGUCCUUUCACCAAGCCCAUCCAGCCGUUCUUCUCUGUGCUCAGCAGAGAUGGAAACACUGUUCUCCAGUGGCCUUCAGAGAUGCUGACCUUCACCAGGACAGAGCCCCGUCUCACCUACAGUUGCAACCCCCUCCAUUUUGACUUUAAGGCCUCGCAUCUUUCGCAGAGCAGGGCGAAGGUUAGCGUCGGUGACAGUCAGAGUAAGACGGAGCUGAGGUUAUCUGAGGCGUUGUGUUUCGGCUCAACCUCUUUCUGUUCUGAGGAACCAACAGACAACAAGCACGACAAAGAUGGCUACUCAAGGCCAGACCAUCACAGCCAUGAUGAUGUCAUCAGAGACGACAGGGAGGCAGCGGAGAGGAAGGGUUGUCUCAUAUGUGAGCACCACAUGAGUGACACAGACACAGACAGCUGCAGCUUGCGACUGAAGAGACACAGCAGUGUCUACAGCAGCUGUACAUCUAGUAGUCAGUCAAAAAGUCAGACUCAUUCUGGCCAGAGAGCAGCGGGCGGCGAGAAAUGGAAAUCCAGAGACAGAUGCCAUUACAGGAGCCACAAGAAGAGGAAGAGAAGGAGGAGAGGAGGGGAUGAGGAGGAGGAAGAGAAGCACGGAGCGAGGGAGACGGAUGGAGGUGUGGAUAGCAAUGCGGAGAAAUGCAACAAAUUCCAGAGACAGUCUGAGUGUUGGGAAGGACUUGAUAGCCAAUUUAGAGGCCCCACUUCACAGCCAUUAGAGAAGUCAAAGCAAUCACCUCAAAAUCAGGCUGACAGCGGCCACGCUGCUCCCUCUGCCGCUGAGGACAGGGAGAGAGAGAGGGUGAAGAGAGAUAGGGAGGAGAGAGAGAGGGAAGAGAGAGAGAGUAAGAGAGAUAGGGAAGAGAGAGAGAGAGAGAGGGAGGAGAGGGAGUGGGAGAAGGAGAGAAGCAGACAGGAAACAGCAGGCAUGGUAAACGGAUCAGUGGGCAGCCUCAGCCUCUCUGAUGAGGGCGCCACGAAUUCUGAAAAGGUGUUCGGGAGCGACGGCAGAAGAGACCCAGUCGAUCCUUCAACAGAACAGAGAAACGCUGCAGGAUACGGCUCACAGAGCUCACAGAGCCACGACAACCCCUGCCCAGAGAACCCUGCUGGGGCUGUUAGACAAAACCCAACCAUGGUGAUGACACAUCUGUCACCACAAAGCCCAAGGACCAUUACCCAAAAAGCAAGCAUGACAAAAUCCCUUUCACCAGAGAGCUGUGCUGAAGACUGUUGUAUCGGCCAAUCCUUGAGAAGGAAACGGAGAGCAUCAUCUUUGGUUGAUAAAGAUGAGCAGGGUCCUGACCAUCAGGGCCCAUGCACCCAGUGUCAGUCACCUGUAAUGGUAGAGCCCAAUGGGCCAGAGGGUUCAAUGGGUGAGGAGGGGUCCUCUUGGUCUGGCUGUGUUUCCUGUGGUGGGAAGGGGAGACUGAGGAAGAGACAGAGAGGGUCCAGUUACGCUCCUCUCAUCUCAGACCCUCCUGUAGGUCACAGUGUUCACAUCUCAGACCCUCCUGUACGUCACAGUGUUCACAUCUCAGACCCUCCUGUAGGUCACAUUGUUCACAUCUCAGACCCUCCUGUAGGUCACAGUGUUCACAUCUCAGACCCUCCUGUAGGUCACAGUGUUCACAUCUCAGACCCUCCUGUAGGUCACAGUGUUCACAUCUCAGACCCUCCUGUAGGUCACAGUGUUCACUUCUCAGACCCUCCUGUAGGUCACAGUGUUCACAUCUCAGACCCUCCUGUAGGUCACAGUGUUCACAUCUCAGACCCUCCUGUAGGUCACAGUGUUCACUUCUCAGACCCUCCUGUAGGUCACAGUGUUCACAUCUCAGACCCUCCUGUAGGUCACAGUGUUCACUUCUCAGACCCUCCUCUGGAUGUGCUGUCUGGUGGCAGAUGUAAGCUGAACGUCCAGAGUGAGAAUCUAGUGAAUACAGCCGUAGAAUACCCUGUGCUAAAAGGUCCACUUGCCAGCUGUAGUGCCCUGAGUCAGCCGGCUGUAGAGCACAGCUGCAGUGCCCUGAGUCAGCCGGCUGUAGAGCACAGCUGUAGUGCCCUGAGUCAGCCGGCUGUAGAGCACAGCUGUAGUGCCCUGAGUCAGCCGGCUGUAGAGCACAGCUGUAAGUCAAUGGGAGGCUCUCCUCUGCUCCAGAUUCAGAACAACGUUCCCAGCGUGAAAGAAGAUUGUUCCUCCUCUCCCUCUCAACCUGAGCCUGUACACUAUCCCCCAAAUCCCCCAGAAAUAAUCGGUGUUACUAAUGAAAACAAAAACAUCACAGUUUGCCUCCCAAACUCUCCCACUGUCUCUCUCCCGAUCAUGUUACGUCAUCUAGGAAUGGACAACAAUGGACACGAUUGUAUAACAAGACAAACCAUGACAGUGGCAGCUCAUGUCAGCCCACUGGGUGUGAGAGAGAUUCCCCCGCCAUUCAUCCCUCCACCGAUGUUUCAGAUACAGAAGGCGAGUCUGGACAUGUCCUUUCAACACAGUCCCCAGAGCUACCCCCACCACCAAAGGUGUCACAGCCCCCAGCCUCCCCAGGGUAAUACCCAGCAUCAGAGGUGUCAUCCUGGGGUUAGGGUUCAGGAGGAGAGAGGGAUCAGGGAGGGCCCUGACAUUACAGGCAGCCCUUGUAGUCCCUAUCAUAGACCAGCUAGCCCCUACCACAACCACAGACCUCCAAGUUUCCAUCCGCAGCACCCGUCUGAUGGCAUGGAGAAACACCACUGUCUCGUUCAGAUCCAGACCCAUAGACACAUCAUCCAUCAACGUCAGCAGCACCAGGUGUUCCCAGAGAAGAUGAAGCCUGUCCUGCCUGGGUCUCCUGUCCCCAUGUCCUCCUCCUGUCCUGCCAUGCUCCACCCCGUCCACAUGUCUCCCAUGCCUAGUGGGUCCAUCACCAUCCGACACACCAUCCGACACCACCAGCACCACCACCAUGCAGUCUUCCUGCCCCCUCACCUCCUGCCCCCUCACCUCCUGCCCCAUCACCUCCAGCCCCCUCUCUUCCCCCAGGUCCUGCCAGGCCCAGUCAGCCGCCUGCCUAUUGGAGCAGAGAUGUGUACCUCUGGACCGCCUCCAUUUGUUACCUCAACAACGCAUCUCUCUGUGGUGGCCCCGCCCAGUUUACACCACCACCCAAUGGCAGUGACGUUCCACGCCAUGCCCCGCCCAACCAUGUUCCCUGCCUCCAUGCUUCAGUCACAUUCACAUCCCACCGUCAUCCCACUGCAGCCCAUGUUUUAAGACAUCACAUCCCACUGCAGCCCAUGUUUUAAGACAUCACAUUAACAUUGCAGCCCAUGUUUUAAGACAUCACAUCCCAUUGCAGCCCAUGUUUUAAGACAUCACAUCCCAUUGCAGCCCAUGUUUUGAGACAUCACAUCCCAUUGCAGCCCAUGUUUUAAGACAUCACAUCCCAUUGCAGCCCAUGUUUUGAGACAUCACAUCCCAUUGCAGCCCAUGUUUUAAGACAUCACAUCCCAUUGCAGCUCAUGUUUUAAGACAUCACAUCCCAUUGCAGCCCAUGUUUUGAGACACCACAUUCCAUUGCAGCCCAUGUUUUGAGACAUCACAUCCCAUUGCAGCUCAUGUUUUGAGACAUCACAUCCCAUUGCAGCCCAUGUUUUGAGACAUCACAUCCCAUUGCAGCUCAUUCAAUCAUAUAUUUUAUGUUUUGCUUCCAACGAAGCAAAGAAACAUUUCUUUUAAUUUCAGCUAGUACUUUUUUCAUGUCGUUUUGUCAUUAUCUUCAUGUAACAUCCAAACCUGUUUUAGCAAUGGAAAGGCUUCUGUAGUAUUCAGAGUGAUAAGUGCUUUUCACUCAUACUCUAUUAGACAGAAAUAUUUCCUUUCGAGAGACAAUCAAGCAUAACUAAAGAAUUAGGACGUGUGCACAUUUAAAACCAGUCCGAUGUAGGUACUGUCUGAGGCAGAUUCAUUAUUAAAGUCUGCGGUAUUCUAUAGUCUGUAUUUUUUGCUAGUGAAGUGCUUCAAUAGUCUACCUUCAGGGCAUUUAAUGCAAUACUAGUUCAAUUAAACGUGAAGACACACAAUAAAGUACUGUAUCUGGUGCAACAGUACGUUUCGAUGAUGUUCACUCUAUAUUCAUUUUUGCUUUCCUAAAUGAUGACAAUUCAUUCAUGUAACAUUUACCCCUGAAUUGGUCCAUGUACUACGGUAUUCCAAAGCAUUUAUUUAAUGUAUUUGUAAGGUUUUACCCGUCUGACUAUAAAAAAUCAUUUGGCCACUCUAUUUUACAGCGUCCCUCCUCAGUUUCUGACGCAGCCAAGAAACAUAGCUAUAUGUCAGGUCUGGUGACUACAAUGUUAAAUGUCUUUAUUUUUGACAUAGUGAGACCCUUCUGAUUCUGAAGUAGGAUAAUAGCAUAGAAAAAUGUCUAAUGAACUUUAGAUUUAUUUUGUAUAAAAAUGUCCAAGUCGUCUUUAUGAUCACGUAAAACCCUGAUUUUAUAUGUAAACCUGGUUACCAAGUGGUUCCUAGCCUCUCGAUGGGUCUUCUUCAUGUUGCUCUAAUACAGUAGAUAUACACUCCCCUACAUAUUUAUUUGGACAGUGAAGCUAUAAUUUAUAUUUGUCUCUAAACCGCACCAUUUUGGAUUUGAGAUUUUUAAAAAAAACAAGUUUUAAGCGAGGCAAUAGUCCAGAAUGUCACCUUUUAUUUGAGGGUAUUUUCAUACUGUUUAGAAAUGAAUGCAUUUUGAUGUACUGUGUCUAAUCCCUCUAUUUGAAGGUGUCAUAGGUAUUUGGACAAAUUCACUUAAAGUGUAUUACAUUUAGUCAAAAGAAUGUAUGAAUGUAUUUUGGAGUGACUUUUAUUGUAAAUAAGAAUAGAAUGUGUUUCUGAACACUUCUACAUUAAUGUGGACGUUACCAUGGUUACAGAUAUUCAUGAAUGAAUCAUGAAUCAUGGUGAGUAAGAAUGUUACAGAGGCACAAAGAUCAUACCCCCCCCAAAACAUGACAAUAACAGGGAGGUUAACUUUCUCACUCAUCGAUUAUUCAUGAUUCAUUCAUGAUUAUCUGUAAUCAUGGUAGCAUCCACAUUAACGUAGACAUUUUCAGAAACAUGUUCUAUUCUUAAAGUGACCAGAAUUACACAAUACAUUGUUUUACCAUUCAUUUCUACUGGCCACAGCAUAUUCCGAAACCACAACCAAAACAAACAGCAAAUGCAUCCAACAAGUUUAUAGAGCCACAAGCUUAAUGUAGUCAUUGCAUGCUAGGAAGAUGGGACCAAAUACUAAACUUUUGACUAAAUUGGAUACAAUUUAAGUGAAUUUGUACAAAUAAUGAUGACACCUUCAAAUGGAGGGACUAGAUACAUAAAGUGCUUUAAUUUCUAAACGGUAAAACAGAUAUAUAUGAAAAUAGUGUCAGAUAAAAGGUGACCUUCUGUACUGUCGCCUCAUAUAAGACAAAUUAAAAGUAAUACAUUUCAUCUAUAGAGACAAAUUAAAAGUGAUAGCUUCACUGUCCAAAUAAAUACGUAGGGGAGUGUAACUGUUGCUGGGGUGAAAAACUGUCCUACCAUUCUGUGAUAUAAUUAAUUCCACUUGCUCUGAGAAAAAAAUUACAUGUUGUAAAUUAGACAUAUUUAUAAUCCACUUGCAGGAUUUAUUGUAAGAUACAGUUCUGUUUUUAUAGUACCCUGAUGUAUUAUUAUCAGUAUUCAACUAUGUUUUUACUAAAAUUGUGUCAACAGAAUGGUGUUGAAGUCAAAUUAAAUAAAUUAAACAGAUAUAAAAUAUU